AAAAUCCUGAUGAGCCGGAUGAAGAAUACGAGUCUAUUGCUGGGCCCACACUUGUCCAACCAACAAUCUUUGCAACAUUUAAUAAAAUUAUUAAAAAAACUAAUAAAGAAAAGCAAAAGGAAGUUGGUGAAGAAGAAGCAGAAUAUAAUAAAGGAAAGCAAAAGGAAGUUGGCGAAGAAGAAGCAGAAAUUGAUAAAGGAAAGCAGAAGAAAGUUGGUGAAGAAGAAGCUGUAAUUGAUAAAGGAAAGCAGAAGGAAGUUGGCGAAGAAGGAGCUGAAGUUAAUAAAGGAAAGCAGAAGGAAGUUGGUGAAGAAGGAGCCGAAGUUGAUAACGGAAAGCAGAAGGAAGUUGGCGAAGAAGGAGCCGAAGUUGAUAAAGAAAAGCAAAUAGAAAUUGACGAAGAAGAAGCUGAUAUUAAUAAAGAAAAGCAGAAGGAAGUUGGUGAAGAAGGAGCCGAAGUUGAUAACGGAAAGCAAAAGGAAGUUGGUGAAGAAGGAGCCGAAGUUGAUAAAGAGAAGCAAAUGGAAGUUGACGAAGAAGGAGCCAAUAUUGAUAAAGAAAAGCAGAAGGAAGUUGGCAAAGAAGAAGACGAAGUUGGUAAAGAAAAGCAGAAGGAAGUUAGCAAAGAAGGAGCCGAAGUUGAUAACAGAAAGCAGAAAGAAGUUGGCGAAGAAGGAGCCGAAGUUGAUAAAGAAAAGCAAAUGGAAGUUGACGAAGAAGGGGCCGAUAUUGAUAAAGGAAAGCAGAAGGAAAUUGUUG